AUGGGGCUGUUCGGGAAGAAAGACACCCCUAGCAGUCCUGCUGAGGAUGUCGACGCCAUUGUCGAGGCUCCGAGUCACGAUGCGGAGAAGCAGCAGCCCAUGCACAAGGAAGAAACCCACACCGCGCUCCCGCAGAUGCCUCAAACUGCAAUUUCGAUAGAUCCUGCAUUGGAAGCUCGAGUGCUGAGAAAGUUGGACCUCAGAGUUCCGACCUUGCUAGGAUUUCUUUAUCUUUUAUCGCUGCUCGACAGGAGCAACAUUGGGAAUGCCAAAAUUGCGGGAAUGGAAGAGGAUCUCAACCUCACGGGAAAUCGAUACUCUUGGCUCUUGACAAUCUUCUACAUCUCGUAUACUCUUUUUGAGUUCCUGGCGCUGAUGUGGAAGAUCAUGCCUCCGCACAGAUGGGCAGCUAUCACCGUCCUGAGUUGGGGUAUUGUGGCAACUUGUCAGGCGGCAGUGCAGAAUUGGGGUGGGUUGAUGGCCCUGCGGUUUCUGUUGGGCAUGUCGGAAGCUGCCUUCGGCCCAGGAAGUCCAUACCUGCUAUCAUUCUUUUAUCGGCGCCAUGAGUUGGGACUUCGAUGUGGCAUGUUUUUGUCGGCAGCCCCUCUGGCAAACACCUUUGCAGGCGCUCUCGCUUAUGCUAUCACCUCCGGCCAUGCUAAGAUAGCGAAUUGGCGACUGUUGUUCCUGGUGGAAGGGAGCCCGUCACUCUUGGCUGCCAUUCUGGCUUGGUUUUAUCUACCAGAUCACCCGUCGUCCGCACGUUUCCUAACGGAGGAAGAAAAAGAGGUUACACGGGCCAGGUCGCUUCGACGGAGUGGUGAGAGCGAGCGAGUCAAUGGGAUCGACUGGAAAGAAUUGGGCCAUACUUUGCUGGAUGCGAAGGCGUGGAUCUUGGCAUUUAUGUACUUCAGCUGCAACGUGAGCUUCUCAUCCCUGCCCGUAUUCUUGCCAACGAUCCUGGAAGAUAUGGGGUUUACUUCCAUCAACGCUCAGGGUCUGACGGCACCGCCCUUUUUUGCGUCCUUCCUCGUCACGAUCGCUACGACAUGGGUUGCCGAUCGGAUUCAGCAGCGGGGCCUGGUGAUUGCUUGUGCCUCUCUAGUCGGCGCUGUUGGCUAUGUAUUACUUGCGGCUUGCGAUUCCGUGGGGGUUCGCUAUCUUGGCGUGUUCCUUGCCGCUAUCGGGGUGUUCCCGUCUAUCGCCAACAUUCUUCCCUGGGCUCUGAACAACCAAGGCUCGGAUAGCCGACGAGGCAUGGGCAUUGUCAUUCUGAACGUCAUCGGCCAGUGUGGUCCCUUUUUGGGGACCAAUGUUUUCCCAUCCAGCGAUUCACCUCGCUACACUCGCGGGUUGUCUAUUUGCGCCGCGUUCAUGUUCUUCAACACGAUUCUUGCACUGUGUUUGCGAGUUCUUCUGGCCUGGGAGAAUCGCCGUCUGGAUCAGCGGUAUGGCGCAGUGGCGGAAUGGACAGCUGGGGCCAAGGAUGAUACGGCUGUGGGGGAGGAGAAUUAUGGGGCGGGCUUCCGAUAUGUGUUGUAG